AUGGGUAACUGUAAUGAUUUACUGUCUCAAAAUGAUAAACAAGGGGUAAAUCCCCAUCCUAAUUGGUUGUGUAAUGGGUUUCAAGAAGUUGUGGGUGAUUGUGAUCUUACAGAUAUUCCUUUGGAGGGGUAUCCAUUUACCUCGACGAAGAGUAGAGGCACACCGCAUAUGAUCGGGGAAAGGUUGGAUAGAUCCCUUAUUACUUCCGAGUGGUUGCGGUUGUUUCCUUCAGCUAAGUUACUCAAUCUUACAGUCUCCCGUUCGGAUCACUCCCCAAUUCUGCUUUGCUGUCACCCGAUGCAAAGUCGACACAAGAUUAGGAGCUUCAAGUUUGAAAAUUGGUGGUUGGAAGAAGAAGGGGUGGCAAAGGUGGUGCAUGAUGGUUGGACUGCUGUAGCUAAUCAUUCUGUAGUGGAGAGAAUUGCGGACUGCGCCUCUGACUUGGAGCGUUGGAACAUAAUGCGAGUUAGGCAGAAUAAGGAGGAGAGGGAGAGUAUUCGCGCAAAGCUGGAGUUGUACCGUGGUAGUAAUGAUCUGAUGACUGUAGCUCAUUACAUGGAAGCCAAUAAUGAGUAUAAUAAAGUUCUAAUUCGUGAAGACACUUACUGGUGUCAACGGGCGAAGACGCAUUGGCUUCGGGACAAUGAUCUCAAUACUCAGUUCUUUCAACGGUCCGCUUCAAAUCGUCAAAAUUUCCAGAAAAUCAAAAUGCUUAAAGAUGGGGCACAAGUAGAGAUUCGUGAUCAUGAAGGAAUGUUUGGAGUUGCAAAGCGUUAUUUUGAUACUUUGUUUGAAGCUAGGGCUGGAACGUAUGAGUCGGUGUUAAACUUGGUACAUCCUGUUAUUACUAAUGUUGAUAAUGUGCUCCUUAUAGCUCUUGUUUUAAAAGAGGAACUUUAUGAGGCGUUGAUUCAAAUGCACCCAGAUAAGUCCCCUGGUCCGGAUGGUUUUAAUCCAACAUUUUAUCAGAACUUCUAG